GCAUUGCCGGCCGGCGAUUGUUGCAGGAAGCCGCCCUGACUCGCCGUGUGGGGCGGAAGCCGUGACUUUGGUGCUGAUCGCAUCCCUGGUGGCGCAUCUGUACUUCUGGCCAUACCAGGCAGAUGACUGGAACCGUGCAGAGAUCGGGCUUUUGAUCGUGAGCCUGACCAUCACUGGUAUGACUACCUGUCUCAUCGCCAACGACCUGCACUGGGCGAAGUCCGCCUUCACGCAGCGGCUCCUGGUCUUCUUGAUCUGUGCGAUUGCCGGAGACGGAAUCUGCAUCCGGAUGAUGGUCGCCUUCUCCAUGGCCUACUUGGCGGAGCGGCGCCAGAGGGCUGAGGCUAAGAAGGCGGAGGAAGCAUCAGCCACCAG